GAGUUCAUUCUGAAAACCUGGUCUGGACCAACAUUUUGUUAGAUCCGUGGGAAAAUACUUAAAAAAUACAAGAAUAUUGCAACAAAACGCUCUUUGUCUAGGAUUGCCUCACACACUGUUGCCUGUACAUCAGUAGGCCUAAGUACCAACACUUUUGGAAGCUUUCUCCCCUGGGAAUUGAAAAUCGUCUACAGUACGUGGUUUCGUAACCCCCUCCUUCACAGGGGGUGUGAGAACUCGUCCCAAGAUGCUGUCAAUUUUGCGGGUUGCUAUGUGUUGCAUCAGCCUACUGUCCGUCCAGCAGAUCCUGGCUAUCCCCGUCACAGGCCGUUUGGAGAGAAACAGGUUGGAGCUGCUUAAGAAGCUCCAUGGGCUUAGGGGUGAGGAGAUCAUCACUCCAGAGGAAAGUGUCACCGAACACACCAGUCCAACAGACUCCAGCCCUUCAUCUGGCCUCCUGCCCAUCAGAACAUCUCCAAAAUGGCUGCCUGGCUACCUCAUCAGAGACGUACCAACCGCUGACAUGAAUACAGCCCAGCCUGAAGAACUGGCACCAGUGAGGAGUGAGGAGGGUAUAGAGCCCCAACGGAAGGGGUCAAGAGGUCGUCGCAAUGCCCACUCAGGGUCACGGGGAGGUCAUCACCACUCCCACCACCCUCAGCUGAUGAGAGUGGGCUGCGUCCUGGGAACUUGUCAGGUUCAAAACCUCAGUCACCGGCUCUACCAGCUGAUUGGUCAGAGCGGACGGGAAGACACUUCGCCCAUCAACCCCCGCAGUCCGCAUAGUUAUGGAUGAGUGACAGAUGGAUAGUCUUUCCUCCCUUCUCAUCCUAGCAAGCAGUUUUUACUAUAAAUAUUUAUCUCGGAUAGCCUUUGCGUUAGAAUUUGUGUUGCAUUAGUAUAUGUAGUCCACUCCCUAAAAUGACAAUUUCUGUGCAUUUUCAUGACAUUUGCUGUCUACCUAAAAACCCAUCAUGCUUUAUAAAGAAGGAAAGGAACCCAGUGACCGAAUGUGCCUUAAUCAACAACGUCUUUCUCCUUCACACCAGCCAGUGCACAUGGACCAGUCUUUACAAUGCCCCAUGACCUCUCCUGCAUCAGUUAGCUCUUGCCCCAGUGAUCAAACACAUAAGCCUCUAAUGUGGAUUUCAGCUAGGGCUGGGACUGGAUCUCUGUCAGAGACACUGUACUCCUUCACUCUGUCAAGUCAACCCCCCCCCCCGCCAAGGGAUGAUCUGACAUGGGGGGGGGGGGGGGGUCCACCUUUGAUUUACUGACCAUCAGCCACUCGUAGGCAGACACGAACAGUGACCUUACAAACAGCAACCUUACAGACCCAGACACUGACCUUACACACCCAGACACUGACCUUACACACCCAGACACUGACCUUACAGAAAAUAACGGAGUUGUGUAUUAUCUGCUGCCAAUUAUGUUACAGACAGAAGUGGCCUGUGGUUGUGUGGAGCUGAUGUUUCAGCAGACCGUAGCCUUGACAGCCACAUUCAGACAUAAUGGUCAGGUUCCUGCAGUGGUCAGAUAGAGGUCCGUUUUUGGACUUGUAUAGUAGAGACUAUUUAUAGAAAGAGAAAGAAGACAUAACGACUUAGUUAUUGUACAAUAUUAUUUAUUAAGAAUGAGUUGAUCUGCUGUGUAAUAACAUGGAGCUCAAUUUGGGGGUCUACUGAACACAACAAGUAGCGAAUGCAGAUCAGGGCACUAGACUACUGUGGCACUGCUGCCCUUAUCCCUGUCUGAAAUAUUAUCCCCUUCACAUGAUUCUUAAAAUCUCCCUGUAAGUCUCGACUUUAUGUUGAUGGCAAUUCAGUCAAUCAAACAUAAUCUCUUUGGUGGUAUGACCGCGGCAGCGAUGCAGUGCGAGGCACGCAGACCAACUGUGCCAGACUUAGGACAUCGGCUGCUGUACUUACAAACAAAAGACACCUUGACUGUGCCUUGCCCAGUGGAGCCCAGCGACCAAAUAACCUUCAGAUAUCCAACGAACAGUUCUGUCAAGCAUAUUUAACAAUCAGUUCAGUUAACACCUAAGAUUCCGAAAACAAUGGGUGAUUCCUUUUGCAUACACCACGACAUACUGCUAAAGUUGUUAGCUUAAAGUUUAUCAAAUGAGUCGAAAUUAGCACAGAGUCAACAGCUAAGUGCUCUGCUGUUACAUUGUGGUUUUGUAAUGACAGACGUCUGAGACCAAACUUUAGGCAGCCGGAGUGCCACAUUUUAAAUCUGUAAUUUAAAUAUAUGCCCUAAGAUUUCCUUUUUCCCUUGUUUUAUCUGUCUCUGAAAUGGUAGGCGGACACCCUCAUUAAAAAUAGCCAAAGCAACCUCAACUGAACUCCUACUGAAAAUACAAGCCACAAUAUUUCCAUGGCAUAUUUAAUAGCCAUAAAUAUAAUGUAGUUAUGACAAAUAGGAUACAGUGUUAAGUGUCUAAGAAACCAGGUUUCACAGUCUUGACCACAGCACUGUCUCAAUCAAAUACUGAAUAAUAAACUACUACAUUUAACCUGGCAAGUGGUUUAAACUCACCAAAUACCUGAAAAUACUUGACAACAUUAGUCCAUUGUUUGGUGAUCUACAUCAUAUCAUAAUGUGCUCGCAAAGACCUCUGUUGAACUUUUCUUUACCUAAUCAUAUUAUGUAAAAGUUGGGACAUAGUGUAUUUUCUAUUUGUCCCAGGUUUAUUUUAGGGAUUUCAUAUUUUAGUGCUCUCUCUAUCCCUCUCCUACUCUUUGUCCGUAACUCACUAAUCACGGUAACUCCAGGUCACAGGUCAAAAUCAGUGGUUCCAUGGUUCUUUAAGUCUAAUCUGUUCAAAGGCUUUGUAGGACACACAUACCAUUCUUUCUGCUGCAGUGGAGCUAAUCAAUGUCUUGUGACAGAUCAUUUAUUAAAAGGCUUUUCAAAUGCUCAGAACCCUGGUGAAUCUUUACCUUUUAACCACUACUGUCAGUGUUCUACCUGCCGCGUCAGGAAUCUUGUGUUUGUAGGUUUAUUGUUGUAGCCGUUUUGUUUUUCGCUGUUCUUUUUCUUUGCAUUGAGAAUCAAUGUGACGGUCAUUAAACGUUAAGAGUUGCAUCACUGGUGGGUCCGUUUGUAGCAGCGUGGCUGUAUGUUUGUCUGGCUGAACUGCGUAGGACUAGAUUAUUCACCACCUUUGAUCAAAAAUACCUCCCUUUGUGCCUGUCAGUCUUAUAUCAGUCUGCUAUUGUUCAGGGUUUUGUGUGCUUUGUGUUGAAGUGCUCAUGUUUGUGUGUGUGAGAGAGCGAGUAUAUGAGAGCCUGUGUGUAGGUACAGUCAUCACAGUAAGGGAUCAAACACAACACCAUCCCAAGUUGCCCUUAGUAUAUUAUACGACAGAAGCCUAUUUUAGUUCCACAGCAAAGCACUUUAAUGUUGUUAGUUCCUCACAACUUGAAUUUCAAAUGUUGUAAUUAUAUUUUUUAAUGACAGCCGACAGUUUUACUCUAUAUGUUGCAUUUGAAGAGGAUCUGUAAGAAUGUAUUUGAAGUAGUCCGUGCACUCCAGAUGGAGUAAGGAUGAUGGGAAACAUAAUGUGCACUUGUGAAUAUUAUAUUAUUAGUGGUUAGUAACUAUUUAAGAAAAGUUAUGUUUUUAAGUUAAGUUAUCUUUGUAUGUUUAUAUAUGUACGUCACCAAAGACAAUAUUUAUCUAAUAUUUUCCACAUUCCUUCAACCUUUUGUUUAGAAAAGAAAAAGAAAUCCUAAACAUAGUUAAAAGUUACUGUCAAAUAAUGUCUUUCAUUCUUUGUAAAAUAAAGAAAUCCACUGU